GCUGAGCCAGCAGGGAAAUAUUACGGCUGUACACUACGCAAAAUUGCAGACAACAUAACGAUAUUUGUCAGCGCUACAUCAAACUAGACCACUCACAGCCAGAUACUAAAUCAUUGCGUUUGUUUUCUGUUUUUGCGUAUGCGUAAUUUGAAAACCUCUCUUCCUCUCGUCGUUGCAGAAGUCAGCUAGCAGCGGUUAGCUUCAUACGUUAAUACAAGAGGAGGCUCAACGGUUGUUGCAUUUGUGCCCAGGUAACGUAAGGCAGCCACCGUCAGCAUGUCAGAGCCGGCCGGGGACGCGAAGUUGGAGAUGAAGCAAGCAAGCAAAGAGGUGAAAGAGAGUGAAAACGUAGCGGAAAAAUAUUCAGCAAUGACCGUGAGCAAGAAUAGCGAAAUGAACAUGGGAGAGCUGUCGUCCGCCUUCAGCGCUGUGCCCACUCACAAACCAGUUAAAAAGCAAAUUCAGUUUGUGGAGGACAAGCAGGAGUUCAGCAGGUUCCCCACCAAGGCGGGCCGUCGCUCCUUGUCCCGUUCCAUCUCUCAGUCAUCCACAGACAGCUACAGCUCUGCUGCAUCUUAUACGGAUAGCUCUGAUGAUGAGACUUCACCACGGGACAAAACACAGGUCAACUCCAAGGGCAGCAGUGACUUCUGUGUCAAGAACAUCAAACAGGCUGAAUUUGGCAGACGUGAGAUUGAGAUUGCAGAACAGGAUAUGUCAGCGCUGAUCUCACUCAGGAAGCGAGCACAGAGUGAGAAACCAUUGGCAGGUGCCAAAAUUGUGGGCUGCACUCACAUCACUGCCCAGACUGCAGUGCUGAUCGAGACCCUGGUUGCUCUUGGUGCUCAGUGCCGCUGGACUGCCUGUAACAUAUAUUCUACGCAGAAUGAAGUGGCUGCUGCCCUGUCAGAGACAGGUGUGGCUGUGUUUGCCUGGAAGGGGGAGUCUGAGGAUGACUUUUGGUGGUGCAUUGACCGAUGUGUCAACACUGAGGGCUGGCAGCCGAACAUGAUCCUUGAUGAUGGAGGAGACUUGACACACUGGAUGUACAAGAAAUACCCUAAUGUAUUCAAGAAGAUCAGGGGCAUCGUAGAGGAGAGUGUCACUGGAGUUCACAGGUUGUAUCAGCUGUCCAAAGCUGGAAAACUGUGUGUGCCAGCGAUGAAUGUAAAUGACUCUGUGACGAAACAGAAGUUUGACAACCUGUACUGCUGCAGAGAGUCAAUCCUGGACGGCUUGAAGAGAACCACAGAUGUCAUGUUUGGAGGCAAACAGGUGGUCGUAUGUGGGUACGGCGAGGUUGGAAAAGGUUGUUGUGCUGCUCUGAAAGCUCUGGGAGCCAUUGUCUAUGUUACAGAGAUCGAUCCCAUCUGUGCCCUGCAGGCCUGCAUGGAUGGGUUCAGGGUGGUCAAGCUGAAUGAGGUCAUUCGCCAGGUUGAUGUCAUCAUCACGUGCACUGGGAACAAGAAUGUGGUGACCAGAGACCAGCUCGACCGAAUGAAAAACGGCUCCAUUGUCUGCAACAUGGGGCACUCCAAUACUGAGAUUGAUGUGGCAAGUCUGCGGACCCCUGAGCUGACUUGGGAGAGAGUGCGCUCUCAGGUGGACCACGUCAUCUGGCCGGAUGGCAAGAGAGUUAUACUACUAGCUGAGGGACGUCUCCUCAACCUCAGCUGCUCCACUGUCCCCACCUUUGUCUUGUCCAUCACAGCCACCACUCAGGCCUUGGCCCUUAUAGAGUUGUACAAUGCUCCCGAGGGACGAUACAAGCAGGAUGUUUACUUGCUUCCCAAGAAGAUGGAUGAAUAUGUUGCCAGCCUCCAUUUGGCCACUUUUGAUGCCCACCUGACAGAGCUUAGUGAUGAGCAGGCAAAAUACCUGGGCCUCAACAAGAACGGCCCCUUUAAACCCAACUACUACAGGUAUUAAUCUGCAAGGGAUUCCCCAUCUGCACACCUAGUGUGGACGGUACCUGAUAUUACCUAUCCCUAAGACAAACAAAAGAUUUAUGUAUAUUGUAUUUUAUACCCUCCACAAGAUGCACAGCUUAUAUUUAGUUGUAUUUUACUGACCACAGCAAGUUUUGCGUCACUUGCUGCUUCCUACAGAUGAUGGACCUAGCACCCAGUUGGCCAUGAAAAGUCAGUGUAACUACAGCACUUAGACCUGCUGUUUAUUUUCAGGUGCAUCUGUUUCCAUACAUGCUGACUCCUAGGUUAUUUAGAGUUUUAAUAGAUAUUGAAUAAUGUAUCAAUAUAUUGUGCCAAAUGACUGUGACAGGGAAGGCUUACAGUUGUUGUGAAAUAUUAAUGGUUAGAUGUGAAAUCAGUUAAACCUGCAUUAAGCGACAUUUUUAUAUAAACAUUGUAUCAAAUUCCUCUAUAUAGUCACUUGAAAUACAAAACACAAAGCUUUUCAUCCACCUUUUUAGCUUGUGUUUUUUGGUUCUCUUAUCAACCUCUUAUAUCAAAACAUUUGCAGCCAUUUCAGGAAAAGAAGCUUAGACAAGCGUGGUCUAGCACAAAACGACAGAGAGCCAAUGUUAAUUCUGGCUUGUGAAGAAAGUCAAAUGUUCUCCUGACUAGGUAGACCAAGUCAGAGCUAAGAGGCCAAUGAAUAUUGGACUUAAAUUUAUCAGGUGGCCAAAAAUUUGACUAAUUAGAUGUCACAGUGUGUCUGCUGGGUGUUAUGCCGGGAACAGACUGCCUGUGUUGUGUAUGCUUGGUGGCUGCAUUGAACUGCUGUGGCUUGCACAUGUGAGUGUGUUCACACUGGCUGCUCUGCUUGCUCCAUCUUUCUACAUAGAGUUGCCACUGUGUCCACAUGCAGCUCCUAAAAUGGUUAAAAAACUUUUUUUUUUUUUUUUCAUGUCUGGGACAUAUUCAGAUUCAGCCUAGACAUAGACAGCUUUAGUGGAAAAUGUCAGUUUUGUGUAAUGUUGCUGGUAUGAUGUCAGUAUGACCAAUUAUGUUUUUAUGCUGGGAGCCACGUGCGCGUGAAAAAUAGGCGAGACGCCGAAUCUGUAGAUCACAUGAUGCAGUUGCGAGGCAUGAGACACGUGUCACGCAGGCAGUGUGUUCGCUCUAACCUGUUAAAAUGGGCGCCCAAAUGAAAACCAAGACGGUCUGCAGCCGCCAUGCCACGCAUCCAGUGGGUUCCCGGCCUUAAAGUAGGCAAUUGUUUGCUUACAAAUGAGCCAUAACAACUUGAUAAGCUGACUGUAAAUCAAUGCUGUGUGUCUGUGAGUUUGUUUUGUCUUUCUACCCCCCAGUGGUAAAAAAAAAAAAAAUCGCUCAAUGCAGCUUUAAAAUUUUCUUUCUGUUUGAUGAGGCAGCACUCACUCACUUAAUACAUUCCAUCCACAAGAUACAGAGGAAAUUUCCUCUCCUCUGUAGUACCAUCACCUAUACUGCUAACAUUCAGCAGAUAUUGGCGAAUAGUAACUUGACUACUUUUUGAUUAUGACAAACAUAAGAAGACAGCUUGACAUUUAUUUUCUUGAAAAGAUGUGUCCAUUUUUGAGGUUUUGGUGUCUGGAAAGAAUAGUAUCUGCACCUCAGGGCAUUCAAAUAUCUCAAAUUAUCUGUAAAUAUAUUUUUACCACAUCUGCACUGUCUGACCUAAGUAUCCAUGUCUAAUCUCAUUGUCAUUCUCAUGAAAUUACUAUUUACAGUAGAGGUGUAAAAUAAGUUUAUAUAUUUUGAUACUCUAUGAUCCAUGGCAUCUUUGAUCUAUGGCUAUGAUCUAUGACUAUUACAACUAUGUAUAUUCUGUGUUAUGCCAGUUGAGCAGUGUUACAUACAGUAUGUUUGUACUGUAUAUGCAACAGUGUCUGAUGAACCAGUCUAAUAAUGGUGUUUGCUGAAGUGCAACAUUCAGUUUGUUGUUUAGAUUUGUCAGAGGACUCUGAUCUUCUGUUAACUAGACAAUGUCUGUUUUUCUAUUAAAGAUUUUAACAACAAAUGAUCUGGGACUAGACAUGGAUAAGCUUUGUUGUCAACACAUUUGCCUCAACAGAUGUGUUAACUUUACCUCUGUGUUAUCUUGCUCUCUUGCACCGUCAUUACUGCUAUUCUAAUUACACAAUGUUUUGUUUCCUGAAAAUGAUCACUGUUUAAAAGGCUUAAGCACUGUUACUGUUUAGUGAGGCUUGUUAAAUGCACAAAUACAGUAUACCACAUUUACUUCUCUAUAUUCACAUGUAAGAUUUUUUUUUAAGUAUUGAAAACAUCAGAAAACUUAGUUGAGUAAUUAUUUUCUUCAAUUGAAACUAUAUAGUGUGCAGGUAGUUGUUAUUGCUGAAUUUGAAGCUCUUCAACAGAAUUCAACAUGCUGUAUUUUAUGCUGGUGGCCUGUGGGCCGAUCUUACUCCAAACAGUUGACAGUGUUACUGUCCCUGCCAAGGGUUCAGCACCUUGUUAUCUUUUUAUGGUAUUGCUCCACAUUCAGUAUCUGUUUCCAUCACCCUUCAAAAAACUUAAAAUUUGUCUGCUUGUACAGGUGAUUCCUGCAUUUCAUUUGUGCAUUCAUUUCAUUUUUUUCUGAUUUUAAUGAUUUGGUUUUUGUCUCUUAAUGUUGUUUAUUGAAUAUUAGCCUACAAUGUGAUACUAUGGAGUGCUUUCAUCUUUGCACUAGCAGCUUUUAAGGCAUUAGAGCCAAGGACAUUCAGUGAGGACAUCAUUGUCAGCAAGAUGUGUGCUGUAACCAUGGUUACUGGUCAGUUGACAGUGCCUUGUGACUCACUUAGUAAUUUCUAUUCACAUGUCCAACUGUUUUUCCCAAAUAUGCUAAUACCCAAUAUGGUUGUUAUUCUGCAAUAUACAGUAAUAGCUAUGCAGCAAAACAUACUCACAUCAGUCAAAAGUGUUUUACUUCUGCAAUGUUGGAGAGUUAUUCAAUCAGUGUUUCACAGUACUCAAAUAUGUAUUACUGUAAGAUCACUAAUUUUUAGACAUUACUAGGCAAUACUUUACAUUUCGGUGUUCUUAUGUACUUUUACAUUGAUUUUUCAUGUAUAAUUUUCAUCCAAGUUUUAUUUCUUUCAACAAUCAUACAUUGUAAUUAUUUGCAGUGGUCUUUCAUAAUAGCACAUGCCUUUUACAAUGACUUCCUCUUGCUUUGACCAAUAAUAUGGAUAUUUUAAUCUACUUUUAACUCAUUACAGAGACAAAUGAAUGUGUUGUUUCUGGAGCAGACAGUUUGACUCUUGUCAAAUUGAAGGAAAUAAGCAUACCACUGUGAUUUGACAGUUGUGCACUGUUGCUGGUUUGAAGUUUUUGAUGUGGACUCAAAGUUCUGCAAAUGAUAUAUUAGCUAUAAAGUAGGCUUAUAUUUUCAACAUUGUAUCUGUAGUUUAAUUUGAAGAACACAAUUUCAGUAGUAUACACCCUGUUCAUUUUUUGUGCCCAAUUCCCUUUAAUAAACUGCUGUUUAGAUUUGAAAA